UUUUUUUGAAGUUGUAAAUUGCGCAUGAUAAUUCCUUGUUUCCAGUCCAUAUACCAUUUUUGUUGUCGUUCAGUGUGUCAUCAGAUCGUUAGCUACUGUGCUGACCAACCUGUUUUGUUUUUCCACCUGCAUUCCCUAUUGAAAAGGUCCCAAUCUCCUAGAGAAGUCGAUUGAACCAACGGAAGCUCGCUGAAGCCGCAAACAUGCACGUCCAAAUGCACCUCCUCCCUCUAACAUUCCUUCUGACCCUCGCCUCCGGCCACUUCGACCUUGUUGAACCACGUUCCCGCGGCAGCGACCAUGAUAAACUCGCAGAAUUCCCCUGUGGUGGCCUGCCCGCCUCUAGCCAACGCACUCAAGUCUCCCUCACUGACCCAGAGCUCAACAUCGCGCUGAAAAUGGGCCAUGAUCACAGCGCCGUCCAGGUCCUUUUGGCACUGGGCUCAGACCCAGGCACGAAUUUCAACAUCACUUUGGUCCCGACGUUCGCACAAAUAGGUCUGGGUGAUUUCUGUCUGCCCGAUGUGGAAUUGAGCGAGGAGAAGCUUGGCACACGGUUGACGGAGGGCAUGGAAGCAACGCUGCAAGUUGUGACCAAUGGCGAUCCCACAGGUGGAUUGUAUAACUGCGCAGACCUCGUGUUCACUGCUAGCGCUUCUGAUGACUCCCCAGAUGGUUCUUGCAAGAAUGGCACAGGUGUUACUGCCAGUCCUUUCCCAACCUCAGUCGGGCGUAUUAAUGCCAAUGAAUCCACAGCUAAUGGGGGCCGCCAAGGUGGAUCAGGAGGUGGAAAUGGCGACAACAACCAAGGUGGCAAGAACCCCUCGGGGAAUGCUGCAGCAUCAUUGCAAACUGCUGCUUGGGGAGUUUUGGGCGUGGCAGUUUUGGCCGCGGGCGCGCUCCUGUAGUUUCUGAAACUUGUGCAGCAAAUUUUGUUCAUUUAUUUGGUCCUCGCUUUCUUCUUGUUCGCGGAUUGUUUUUCACGUAGAUUAUGUUUUGGGUGAUAAUGGGAACAGUGCUUUUUAAUGCUUUUUCUCUUAGUUAAGACGCCCCCGCUAAGGUUUGGUAGAAGGAACCAAAGCGGCGAACCAAGGCAGAAUAUGCGAGAAUCGCUGAGACAAAGCCCUGUUCACGGUGCAAUUUAUCUCAAGUUAUU